AUGAAGCAAUUAAUAUCUUGUGUGUUCGGUUUGCUAAUGAUUUUAUGCAUCAGAGGCAAUUCUUAAAUGAACUACAAGUUAAGCGAAGGGUCAAAACAAAAAUUGGAAGAGAGUAAACCAAAGAUAGCCUCUCUACCAUGGGAACCUAUAAGAAUUCACUAUGAAUUUUUAGAUAGCUCUUAUGAUUCUGAAUCAGUGAAAUUUUUAUCAACAGUUCUCGAUAUAACAAACACAUUCUUUUCAAAGCAUCUGUUAAUUCAAAGAACUGAUUCUAAACUUACUUAUAAGAGAAGCUAUCCAAACUCAAUAUAUGGAUUUACUAUAAGUGAGACUUUGAAAAAUAAAGAAUAUGAUGCAGACUUGGUCUUUUUUAUCAAUGUUGAGGACACAUUUUUUGAGUCCUAUUUAGCAUAUUGUGGUCCUAUAACUUUCAAUGAAUAAACCUUAAGACCAACUUUUGCUUUAAUUUCUUGGAAUAUUUUUUACUCGGGUUUGGAUGAGAUGACUAAUACAGUAUUUGAAGGUAAUGUUGAGACUGCUGUCCAUGAAAUCAUUCAUGGAUUAGGGUUUACUGAUGACUUUUUCAAUACUUAUUAUGAUUCCAUAACAGGAAAUAGCUACAAGUCUUCUAAUAGUUUUACUACUUUUCAGACCAUUUUUUUGUCCACACCUAGAGUAACCAAUUUUGCUCAAUAUCAUUUUAAUUGCACUACAUUAAAAGGAUUACAAAUGGAAAAUAAUGGAGGAUCUGGGACUCAAGGAUCUCAUCUUGAAAGAUCUCUCUUUUAUAAUGAAAUAAUGACAGGCUCAGAUAUGAUAGGAAACUUUUUGAUUACAGAUUUUACAUUUGAAUUAUUGUAAGAUACAGGAUUCUAUCGAGUCGCUGAUUAUUCACCAGAUUAACCAUUAUGGGGAAAGAAUAAAGGGUGUGAUUUUGCAAAUUAACAAUGUAAAGGAGGGAACUUCACUGAAUUCUGCACUUAAGAUAAAUCAUCAAGUUGUUCCUUUUACAAUACAGGAGUCUCUGAAUGUUAAAAAGAAUAAUUGUCAGGUUCUUGCAGCUAUUAUUACAUAAAUGAUGAUUAAGAUUGUAGGGACCCUGAUAACAUUGCCAAAUGGAAAUCAUCAGAUUUAAUAUAAUACUUUGGAUAUGAUAGCAUGUGUGUUUCUGGCUCUGUUUCAAAACAAUAAACAUAUAAAAAUUACUCUUGUGUGUAGUAUAAAUGCGAUCUAAACAACAAAUUAUCCCUUGUCAUCGCAGGAUAAGAAUAUGAUUGUUCAAAAUCUGAUAGCAUCAAACUUCCUGAAUAGUAUUAUGGAAAUAUCACCUGUCCUACAAAUUCUUAAACAUUUUGUUAAAAUAGAGAUGAAUGUCCUAAUCUUUGUAGUUAAAAAGGAUUUUGUAUGAAUAAAGAAUGUACUUGUAUGUAAGGAUACUCAUCACCAGAUUGCAGUGUAGAAUGCACCAAAUAUAGAUACAAGGGUAGUUGCUUAGACAAAUGUCCAGAUUCAACUUAUGUCAAUGAAAAUAUCAAAUAUUGUCUUGGAUGUCCAGCAAAUUGUUUGACAUGCUCUAAUUAUAAUUAGUGUACCUAAUGCAAACUAGGUUAUGUUUUAAGAGGAGCAUUUUGUGAUAAUUUCAAGUUGACUGACCUUCUUACAUUCGAUUUAACAACCAUAAAUGAAGCAUCUAAUACUUCAACCACUAAUUCCACAAACACCGAAACCAAUUCGACUGAUAUCAACAAUAAUAAUAGUACAAGCAUAGAUAAAAAUUCUACUGAAACGGCUUCAAACUCAACUGAAUUAACAUCUAAUUCAACUGAAAUUACAUCGAAUUCAACUGAAAUAUCAUCCAAUUCAACUGAAAUUACAUCUAAUUCAACUGAAACAAUUAAAAACACAACUGAUAUUAAAGAAGAUGCACCUGUAAACAAUGCAGAUUUAAUCUAUUUGAUGAAUAUAUUUUUAUUCACAUAUUUUUGA